AUGCUCAGCAACUCCAGCCCAGACCAUCACCUGACCUUCCAUGCAAUUGAUAAAGUAAUCAUUCAACUGAAAGAAGUUCAAGAACAACAUGCUUCCCUCAAAAGCAAAUUUGAGAGUGGGAAAGCCAGAAAUCAAGUGCUGUCAAAUGAAGUAAAAAUUCUGAAGCAACAAAUCCAAACUUUAUUAGACAAAGGCCAACAUGAUGAUGAAAUGAUAUCUACUUUAAUGAUGCAACUUUCUCACAUGAAGGACUUAAUGCAAGAAAAUAACCAGUUAAAGCAGCAACACCAAGAGAUGAAGCUCCCAAAAAUGUCAGCAACAAAACUGAAUGAUGACUACAUUGUAGAACAAUUGAACCGGAUCAUAGCAGAAAGGGAUGAAAAGAUCAGAAGUCUUACUGAAAGUCUUAAGCACUUGUCUGGUGAAAUGACGCCAAAAGGAGAAGCAUUUUAUCUUGCACCUGUUGCAGACCCCAAUACGGAGAAAAACAAUUGUGAAACUGCAAUGAUACAAGAAUAUAUCUUCAAUUCAAAUGAACUGCCUGCUGCUGAAGAGAAAAUCAAUGUAAUUCAACAAGAACACGACCAUUUAAGAAGAAGCAGACUUGUAGAAAAGGAAAUUAGUAAAGGAGAAGAUGCCUUAAAAGAUAAUGAAAUAAAGGCUCCAGAAAAAUAUCAGGUUAAUUUUGGUGGCAGAAAGGAUAUUCUAUCACUUGAUAACAAUUUAAUUGAUGAAGAUGAACUGAAAACAGUGUUGGAAAUUGAAGAGGAUAAAAAGGAAGCAAUGAAUGCCAAGGUCAGUGCAAUUCCUCGGCAUUCAGCACCCAACUAUCAUGAUGAUAAUGAAGAGGAUCAAAGAAGUUGA